ACACCCGGAAAUUGGUGUGACGUAUUUCCUCUAAAACUCGGUUUGGACUAAACAACACCUAAAUAACAGUAGCACCGAGGAAAAAACAUCAAUUUGUUGGCGCCUGUGCAAAUAUUUACACGGGCGACACAUUUUUCUGAUAUCGUAACCGUCACAUCACAAAAUGCCUCAGAACGAGCACAUCGAGCUCCACCGCAAGCGGCAUGGUUACCGCCUGGACCACCACGAGAGGAAGCGCAAGCGGGAGAGCCGAGAGGCCCACACCAGAUCGCACAAGGCCCGCAAGAUGAUCGGUCUCAAGGCCAAACUCUACCACAAGCAACGGCACGCCGAGAAGAUCCAGAUGAAGAAAACCAUCAAAAUGCACGAGCAAAGGAAGACCAAGCAGAAGGAUGACGAGAAGACCCCCGAGGGUGCCGUCCCCGCCUAUCUGCUGGACCGUGAGGGCCAGACCCGAGCCAAAGUGCUCUCCAACAUGAUCAAGCAGAAGCGCAAGGAGAAGGCGGGCAAGUGGGAGGUGCCGCUGCCCAAGGUGCGAGCCCAGGGCGAAACGGAGGUGCUGAAAGUCAUCAGAACCGGGAAGCGCCAGAAGAAGGCGUGGAAGAGAAUGGUGACCAAAGUGUGUUUCGUUGGCGACGGAUUCACGCGGAAACCCCCGAAAUACGAGCGCUUCAUCAGACCCAUGGGUCUGCGUUUCAAAAAGGCGCACGUGACUCACCCUGAACUGAAGGCCACCUUUUGCCUUCCCAUUCUGGGCGUGAAAAAGAACCCGUCGUCCCCACUUUACACCUCAUUGGGCGUCAUCACCAAGGGAACAGUCGUGGAAGUCAACGUCAGCGAGCUGGGCCUGGUCACGCAGGGAGGCAAAGUCGUGUGGGGUAAAUACGCCCAAGUAACGAACAACCCCGAGAACGACGGCUGCAUUAAUGCGGUCUUGCUGGUUUAAGACUUUCAUUCAUUCAAAACCAAAAACUGUGCCUGGUGAGUUUGUGCUGCACAUGAGGACUUAUUUUUUAAGGAGAUACAGGACUACGUGUGACUCUCGUGUCGAUGUUUGAUACCAAUAAAGUUGAUGUUGAAGCAAACACGUGAGUACAAUUUGAAAGAAGAACAUUAAUUUUUAUUUUUGUGAUGUUCAUGAUGUCAUUUGUGGGAAAAAAAAAAAACAAGUGCCAAAACCGAAUAACAAAUUUGGCUGGUUGAGUCUUCCAUGUAAACAUUAAGGCAUGGGAAUACGUUUCAGUGUCACUGACAGCGAUAGACGUCCGAUCCUUUAGGACAUCUCCCGCUGUCAACGGCAGCAAACAUU